AUCCUGUCUAGCGCACGCAAAAUGGGCUUCCGAAACUUUGACGAGUUGGCGACAUGGUAUUACACAUCGCCCUCACCAUCCUCCUCCGUUCUGCAAUUCUCACAGAAGAUGAGUCGUCAACGGCACCUCGCUGGCUUAUUCGAAUCGAUCUUCGCCGACUCGAUGCAGUGGCCAGAUAAUGAGUCGCAGGGUAUCAGGCAAGCGGCCAUGAGGGCUGUGGAAGGCAUUAUAGGGGAUGAGAUGAAGAGCCUUGGGAAGCAGGUGGAGGCAACAGAAGGGCAGGGACAAUAU